UUUGUUGUUUUGUAACAGAAAUCCGUUGUGAAGCUCCGACAUUCCGGUCUUUAUUAUUAGGGCCCACCCAUUACGAACCGACGGUGUCCGGCUGUGGCUGAGUUAUCUUUCUCGCAUCAAAACUCCGAACUCAUAGAAAAGGGGAGAGAAAGGCAAUUCAGCGCAUUUUCGACUACCACUGAAAGCGCGGGUGUUACUGUAGUCAUGGCAGCACCAGUUCCUGUUUGGCUGGACUGCGAUCCAGGUCAUGAUGACGUGUUUGCGAUUCUUCUGGCCGCCUAUCAUCCCGGCAUCAGGCUGCUCAACAUCAGCACGGUCCACGGGAACGCAUCGUUGGAUAAGACAACAAACAAUGCGCUGUCCGUCCUGAAGGCCAUCGGCAAGCACCAGGAGGUGACCGUCUACCCGGGCCAUGCUCAUGCGCUUCGGCGCGCCCCUAUCCACGCGCCCACGGACAUCCACGGCGAGUCUGGCCUCGACGGGACGGAUCUCCUGCCGAAGCCUGCAACGCAGGCGGACCGCUCCGUGGAUGCCAUCGACGCCAUGGCCGAGGCAUUGUGGGCCACGGAGCCCGGUACCGCAUGGCUCGUGGCCACCGGCGGCCUGACGAAUGCGGGCGAUCUUUUCAUCAGAUAUCCCGACCUGGCCGGUCACGUCAAAGGCGUCAGCAUCAUGGGCGGCAGUCUGGGCGGCGGCUUCACGCCCGCGCCGCUGGGCAAGGUGGACGGCGUGGAGCGGAUCGGGAAUUACACGAAAUGGGCCGAGUUCAAUGUUCUCAUCGACCCCGAGGCCGCAGCCGCCUUGUUUGAGAAUGAGGUCUUGAAGGGCAAGAUCACACUCAUCCCGCUCGAUCUGACGCAUCUCGUGCUGGCGACAAGCGAGGUGCAAGAUACGAUCUUGUAUGGACCGGGAUACGAGGGGGAGAAGAGCGGCAAGGGGAAGACGCAACUGAGGACUAUGUUGGUGGAAUUGUUGAACUUCUUUGCUGCGACUUAUAGGGAUGUGUUCGGCAUCGUGGAGGGCCCUCCCCUACACGACCCACUGGCCGUCGCAGCGGCUCUUGCUGGUACGCAAUGGGAGAUUCCUUUCUAUGACUUCGACCCAAAAAGCGCCGAAGGCGAUAGACGCCCCGAACGUUUCGACGUCGAGGUUGUCACCGAGGGCACCCUUGAGGAAGCUUUGAAUGGUGCGCAGACAGGACGCACAAUUGCGAAGUUACUUGAGCCUGGUGUGCCUGGAGUGCGAAUACCCAGAGGUUUGGAUAUGGUGUUGUUCUGGAAGACUAUUGAGGAAUGCUGUCAAAGAGCCGACGACGCAAACGCGAAGCACUUGGCUGGGGCAUAGAUUUUCUAGUAGACACUACGCUUCGGUGGACGUCUACUGAUCAUUAGGGAUGAUUCAGAUUAUAAAUCACUAUAGACUACAAGAUCUACAAAGAUUACAGC